AUGGGGCAGCAGAACCUGCGGCGUGCUGACGGGCUCCUGCCGAUGCUCCCGUGGCCCCUAGCCCUCCUGGCCCUGAGCGUGUGCUGCGGGGCAGGCGGCGUGGCCACCGAGCAGCAUGUCUCCAGCCCAGCAUCCCCUUCUUCCUCAUCCUCAUCCUCCUCCUCUGGCCGAGCACCCCUUGACUGGCUCCUCACCGACCGGGGUCCCUUCUACCGAGCCCAGGAGUACGUGGACUUCAUGGAGCGCUACCGGCAGGGUUUCACCACCAGGUACAGGAUCUACAGGGAGUUUGCACGCUGGAAGGUGAACAACCUGGCCUUGGAGAGGAAGGACUUCUUCAGCUUACCACUGCCCCUCGCCCCUGAAUUUAUCCGCAACAUCCGCUUGCUGGGGCGCCGGCCCAGCCUGCAGCAGGUCACCGACAGCAUCAUCAAGAAAUACGGGACACACUUCUUGCUGGCUGCCACACUGGGAGGAGAGGAGUCCCUGACCAUUUUUGUGGACAAACGCAAGCUGAGCCACCGGGCAGAGCUGUCAGGGUCUGGGAACGGCUCAGCAGUGUCACUGGAGACGCUGCACCAGCUGGCAGCCUCCUACUUCAUCGACCGCGAGAGCACGCUGCGCCGGCUGCACCACAUCCAGAUUGCCACUUCUGCCAUCAAGGUGACAGAAACACGGACAGGGCCACUGGGCUGCAGCAAUUACGACAACCUGGACUCGGUGAGCUCGGUGCUGGUGCAGAGCCCGGAGAACAAGGUGCAGCUGCAAGGGCUGCAGAUGGUGCUGCCCCAUCACCUGAGGGAGCGUUUCGUGGCAGCCGCUCUGAGCUACAUCGCCUGCAGCUCGGUUGGGGAGCUGGUGUGCCGCCGGAGCGACUGUCGCUGCCAAUGCCAGCCCACCUUCCCCCACUGCAACUGCCCUGAGGCCGACAUCCAAGCACUCGAAGGCAACUUGGUCCAGCUCCAGCGCGCCUGGGACAGCCACCACAGCCAGUUUGAGGAGUCAGAGGAGUUUCAGGCCUUAGUAAAGAAGCUCCCAGGGGACCGCUUCCUGAACAGGACAGCCAUCUCCCACUUCUGGGCCAUGGACCCGGACAUUCAACACCGCUACCAGCAGCUGAGCACCAGCCUCAAGCUGCUCUCCAGGAAAACCCACCACAUCAUCCGGAGGCUCUUCAACCUCAGCAAACGCUGCCACCGGCAACCCCGCUUCAAACUGCCAAAGGAGAGGCCACUUCAUUACUGGUGGGGCCGUGCUCAGUCGCUCCUCUACUGCGGUGAGACGACAGUACCUGGGACCUUCCUGGAAGAAAGCCACAGCUGCACGUGCCCCUCGGAGCAGCCCUCCUGCCAAGGGGCCAUCCCGUGUGCCUUGGGUGAGGGGCCAGCCUGCGCCAGCUGCGCCGAGGACAACAGCACUCGCUGCGGGACCUGCAACCAUGGCUACGUGCUGGCCCAGGGCUUCUGCCGCCCCGAGGUGGCCGACUCACUGGAGCAUUACCUGGGACUAGAGACAGAUCUGCAGGACCUGGAGCUCAAGUACCUCCUGCAGAAACGGGACAGCCGCAUAGAGGUGCACUCCAUUUUCAUCAGCAAUGACAUGCGCCUCGGGAGCUGGUUUGACCCCUCCUGGAGGAAGCGCAUGCUCCUGACCCUGAAAAGCAACAAGUACAAGCCGGGCCUGGUUCACGUGAUGCUGGCCCUCUCCCUGCAAAUCUGCCUCACCAAGAACAGCACGCUGGAACCCGUCAUGGCCAUCUACGUCAACCCCUUUGGGGGAAGCCACUCGGAGAGCUGGUUCAUGCCCGUCAACGAGGGCAGCUUCCCAGACUGGGAAAGGACUAAUGUGGAUGGCUCUGCCCAGUGCCAAAACUGGACGCUCACUUUGGGCAACAAGUGGAAGACCUUCUUUGAAACAGUCCAUGUCUACUUGCGGAGCCGCAUCAAGUCUCUGGACGAUAGCUCCAACGAGACCAUCUAUUACGAGCCCUUGGAGAUGACGGAUCCCUCCAAGAACCUGGGCUACAUGAAGAUCAACAGCCUGCAGGUCUUUGGCUACAGCCUGCCCUUUGAACCAGACUCCAUUCGUGACCUGAUCCUGCAGCUGGACUACCCCUACACGCAGGGAUCACAGGCUUCAGCCAUGCUGCAGCUGGUGGAGAUCCGGGACCGGGUGAACAGACUGUCACCCCCUGGCAAAACCCGCCUCGACCUCUUCACCUGCCUGCUUCGUCACAGGCUCAAGCUGGCCAACAACGAGGUGGCCAGGAUCCAGUCCUCUCUGCGAGCCUUCAAUGCACGGCUGCCCAAUGCAGUGGAGCAGGAGAUGGGCAAGCUGUGCAGCUAG